AUGUUUUAUCUGGUUCUUUCAUUCAAACUACAAGACGACGAUCAAAUGCCAAUGCAGAACUUCGAAGAGCUUCAAAACGAGCUGAGCCAGCAAACCCGUGAAAUCGAAAAGUGGUGGAGUAGUCCCCGCUGGAGUAAGACCAAGCGCAUAUACACGGCGGCGGAAAUUGCCGCGCGGCGCGGCACCCUGCCGCCCGUGACGCAUCCGUCGUCGUUGAUGGCGCAGAAAUUGUAUGGCGUACUCGCACAGCAUCAACGCGACAAGACUGUGUCGCGCACUUUUGGGGCGCUUGACCCGGUUCAGGUGACGCAAAUGGCACAGUAUCUCGACACCGUGUACGUUUCCGGUUGGCAGUGCUCGUCGACUGCGUCGACGAGCAACGAGCCCGGCCCUGACCUCGCAGACUACCCGAUGGACACAGUGCCCAACAAAGUAGAGCACCUCUUCAAGGCGCAGUUGUUCCACGACCGUAAGCAACUUGAGGCACGCGCGAGUUGCAAGUCUCAAAAGGAGCUGGACGCGUUGGGACCGGCCAUUGACUAUUUGCGGCCCAUUGUCGCGGACGCAGACGCAGGGCACGGCGGUACCACGGCCGUUUUCAAGCUAACCAAGAUGUUCAUUGAGCGCGGCGCCGCGGGUAUCCACAUCGAGGACCAAACCUCUACCAACAAGAAAUGCGGCCACAUGGCGGGCCGGUGCGUGAUCCCCGUGCAAGAACACGUGAACCGGCUGACGACGGUGCGGCUGUGCGCGGACAUCAUGCACUCGGAUCUGGUGCUCGUGGCGCGUACGGACUCCGAAGAGGCUACACUGAUCAGUUCGACGAUCGAUCCUCGGGACCACUAUUUCAUCGUAGGCGCGACCAACGCGGCCGUUGAGGAGUCGUACGCAGAAAUUCUAGAACGUGCGAUCCUAAAAGGUGCAUCUGCAGAGGAGAUUGCUGCGUUGGAGAAACGCUGGUGCGCCAAAGCCAAGCUAAAGUUAUUCCACGAGGCGUUCCGGGAUGUAGUGCUGAAAUUACAGCCUUCGAACAAACAGCAAAUCCUAGACGAGUUCAACUCUAAAGUCGGACCGUUCACUGCGACGUCACUCCGGGACAUGCAGCGACUUGCGAAGCACCUGAUUGGCAGAACCAUCCAUUUCGACUGGGACUUGCCCCGCGGUCGCGAGGGCCUGUACCGUUACAAAGGCGGCACCCAGAGCAGCAUCAUGCGUGCGCGCGCGUUUGCGCCCUACGCCGAUCUGGUAUGGAUGGAGUGUAACAAUCCGGACUUUGAACAGGCACGCCAGUUUGCAGAGGGUGUACGCGCAGUGUACCCGGACCAGUGGCUCGCGUACAACCUGUCGCCCUCGUUCAACUGGACAAAAGCCAUGUCGGCAGAGGAACAACUCACGUUCAUCGAGCGGCUGGGCAAUCUCGGAUUCAUCUGGCAGUUCAUAACGCUGGCCGGACUGCACACUUCGGCGCUGUCGUCACACGUGUUUUCGCGCGAGUUUGUCAAGCGCGGGAUGCGCUCUUACGCAGAGCUCGUACAGCAGCAGGAAAUCAACGAGGGCGUCGACGUGGUCAAGCAUCAAAAAUGGUCGGGCGCCGAGUACAUCGAUAGUCUACUGCAAAUCGCGCUAGGUGGUGCGAGCGCAACCGCUGCAAUGGCCGAAGGCGUCACAGAGGAUCAAUUCCGAGACAGCAAACUAUAA